UUGGACCAAAAAAUAUUCACGUCACGAACGUGGGCAAGUUCUUACGUGUGUCGUAGAAUCAUGUGUGAUAGUUCCUAACGCAUUUUCAAUUAAUUUAUACAUUUUUUCUAAAAUAUAUUUAUUCUUAGUUUAGUAUAACUGUCAGUUUAUAUUUUACCCGUAAAUCGUAAAAUUGUUCAGGAGUUUCGUUCCUGAUUUUCUGGCGGUGACACUUCGUUCAACUUUUCAAAAUUUUCGGCGUUUGAUUACCUAAUCUGGAAGUGGUAAAUUAUAUUUGCUGGUAGUAGUACUAGUGGCCUUUGGCAUUGGAACAGUGAGUGCAGUGUAGGCACAAUGGACCAAAGUGGUAUAACGCCGAACACUUCGAAUCAGCAGCUGGUGACCAAUGGUGAUAAUGAGUCGGCGACGGCGCUGUUACAGGAGAAGCAGGCGAGGAGGAUUCGAAGCCUGAGAGACGUUGCAUUCCUCGAAUUCAUGACAGUCUUAAUCCUGUGUUUUGUUAACCUGAUCAAUUAUAUGGACAGAUUCACCUUGGCCGGAGUCUUAGGUGAUGUCAAAGCAGAAUUCGGUAUCGGCGAUGACUACGCUGGUCUACUACAGACUGUCUUUGUGGUUGCGUAUAUGGUGUUCGCACCUAUAUUCGGCUACCUCGGCGACCGCUACUCUAGGCGAUACAUCAUGGCUUUCGGAGUCGCUCUAUGGAGUCUCACGACAUUCUUCGGCUCCUACAUUGCUCAUUUUGGUCUCUUCACGUUUUUCCGCGGCUUAGUGGGCAUCGGUGAGGCGUCUUAUUCCACCAUCGCUCCUACCAUCAUCAGUGACUUGUUCGUCGGCAACGUGCGCUCUAAAAUGCUCGCCUUCUUCUACUUCGCUAUUCCAGUCGGCAGUGGUCUGGGUUACAUAGUGGGCUCGGUGGCUGGUUCAGCGGCGAACAACUGGCGAUGGGGUCUGCGGGUGACUCCAUUCCUGGGCGCAGUGGCUGUGGGGUUGAUCAUGUGGGUGAUGGAAGACCCCGAGCGCGGCCAGGCCGAGGAGAGCCAGAUGAAAGCCACUUCUUACAAGGACGAUAUCAAAGCUCUUCUUAAGAAUCCAUCAUUCAUGCUGUCAACCCUAGCGUUCACGUGUGUGGCGUUCGUGACGGGCGCGCUCGCUUGGUGGGGCCCGCAGUUCAUCUUCCUUGGCCUCACGCUGCAACCCGACGUCAACAUCACUAUCGAGAGGGUGUCGCUAAUCUUCGGGUCGAUCACGAUGGUGUCCGGGCUGCUGGGCGUGCCGCUGGGCGUGUGGCUGGGCGCGGGGCUCAUCAAGCGGUUCCCGCGCGCGCACCCCGUCAUCUGCGGACUCGGCCUCAUCGUCUCUGCGCCGGCUAUCGCGCUCGCCAUGGCACUCACGCCGUACAAUUUUUACGCGCCAUUCGUCCUCAUGUUCAUUGGCGAGCUCGCUUUGAAUCUCAACUGGGCAAUAGUGGCCGAUAUGUCGAUGUAUGUGGUGAUUCCUCCACGAAGAGCUACUGCAGAGGCUUUUCAGAUUUUGAUAUCCCAUAUGUUUGGGGAUGCUGGUAGUCCCUACUUAGUUGGAGUGAUAUCGGAAUUCCUGAAACGUUCUAUGUCUGACUACCCGGCGGAGGCGGCGAGUCACUCAGUACAGUUCCACUCUCUACAAUACGCGUUGUUCGUGACGUGCUUCAUUGAAGUCAUCGGUGCCAUAUUCUUCUUCCUCACAGCCUUCUACAUCGUCCGGGAUAAGAUGAAAGUCGACAGGGCUAUAGCGGUUACUUCAAAAGUUGUUUAGUUUUAUGUUAGAAGCGGAAGCGCAGAGCAGGGAGCCUUCACACAGCAACGCACAAGAAGAUAACGUGAGUGGUGAAUAGUGGUACGAGAACAACGUUAUCGGUCUUUACCUUAGUGAACUAGAAUUGUGAGAGAAGUCAAGACCUCGGCUACAGUCAAAUCACUACGACGGGAUCAAGAUAAUAGUCAUUUGACUGACACACAGCUGAAAGACUGAUACGUAAAGGCUGUUCACAUGAACAAAGGAGAGAUGUAUUAUGUGGAGCAAUAGUGAAUGUGAGUUAGAAAGUAACUAAUACUUAGUAAGGCUUUAGAACUUGGCAUCACAGUCUUUGCUGUUGUUACCUAUUAGUAAAAGAAUGUGCCUGUUAAUAUGAAGUAGUGGCAUUCGACUUAUGCCAUUUGUGUAAGGAAUGCAUUCCGUGUGACUGUGGGUCACACGGAUUGUUACAAUCUAUCUCCGAUGUAUUCUAAGUAUAUGCUAGAUAAUCUGUUGUACUAUAGCAAUCUUAUUUACUUGUCAUAAAAAAGUUAUUUUUAAUUCAGUUUAUUUUAUUUUCUUGUGUUUUUGAAAUCAAUAUAAUUUUUAUUGCUUAAUAUUUGGACUGUGUAAUUUAUUUGAGGAAAUAUUCAUGCAAGAGAUGGUAUAAUAAAGCUAUAUUGUUAAAUGACACCUUACUCUAGAUAAUGGACUUUUUAUCUGGUUUGGUAAACUGUAGUGAAUAUCAAUAUUUGAAGACUGAAUUAAUUUAAUUUUUAGAAUUAUUUGCUAAUAUAACUUGUUUCUGUAAAUAAUGUGUACAGUAUCAUGCGGAAUUGAAGAAAUAAAAUAAUUUAUUUUUAUAAAA